AUGUCAUCAUUAUCAACAGCACAAUUAAUUCUUAAUGCUUCUUAUCAGUUAACAAUCUAUGUUAGUUUUAUUAUUUUAUUUUCUGGUAUUUUCGGACAUAUUGCUAACAUUUUCGUAUUUACUCGUCUGAAAAUUUUUCGUGGUAAUCCAUCUGCUUUUUAUCUUAUCGCAGAAUCGAUUGCUGAUAUACUUGAACUGAUGAUUCCAUUUACAUCUCGUAUUGCAAUCAGUGGAUUUAAUAAUGAUCUAACACAGAGAUCAUUAGUUUGGUGUAAAUUAAGACCAUUAGUAUUGCAAUCUAUAACUCUUGUUUCACUUAGUAUUGUUUGUUUUUCUUCUAUUGAUCAAUAUUUAACAACAAGUUAUUAUCCAUUUUUAAAACAAAUAAGUACAAUAAAAUUAGCUAAAAUUCUUAUUACUAUUUCAACUAUAUUUUGGACCUUACAUGGUACAUCAGUGUUGUUCAUAUUUCAAAUUCAAUCAACAUAUGGAUGUAAUAUAUAUAAUCAGAAUUUUUCAAAAUAUGUUACAUAUGGUUACUAUGUAAUAUUUACGGGAGUUUUACCGAUCACUAUUUCGACAUUUUUCAGUGUAUUAGCUUAUCGAAAUGUUCGGCGUAUCGUACGACGUCAAAUGAUAUUACGUCGACGAAAACUUGAUCAACAAUUGACAGCAAUGAUUCUGGUUCGAGUUGGUUCUUUUGCCAUUAUGACAAUACCGUAUCUUUUACAACGGAUUUAUGCUCUUAGUGCUAUAACAAACGAUAGCAGUGUGAUUUCUCAAGCCAUUGUGCAAUUUAUAGGAAAUAUUGCACUUUCAUUGUUCUAUUUUAAUUAUGCAGGUUCUUUCUAUUUAUUUUUAAUAUCAUCAACACGAUUUCGACGACAAGUUAAACAUGUUUUUAUAAACAAAUGUUGGAAAGUAUGUUGUAAAAAACGACUACGCCAAAAUCAAGUUGGAACACUGACACAAUAUUCUGCUAGUGAAUAUGAUCUACAAUCAAUUUAA